AAAAAAAAAAAGUUUUGGGAACAGAGGAACAUGGCGUCCAAAGCCUUCUACGCCAUCGUAGCGGGCGUCGGUCCAGGCACCGGGCGCGCCGCGGCUCUGCGGCUCGCCAAGGCGUACCCGGUGGUGCUGCUGGCGCGCAAGCCCGACAGCUACAACGACCUGGUGGCGGAGAUCAAGUCUGGCGGCGGCAGUGCGGUCGGCAUCUCGGCCGACACGUCGGACGCGGGCUCGGUCAGGUCCGCGUUCGCGGCCAUCAAGAACGAGCUGCCGGAUAGCAAGCUGGCGGCCGCGGUCUACAACGUCGGCACGGGGUUCGCCAUCAAGCCGUUCCUUGAGCACAGUGCCGAGGAGCUCGAGUCGAGCUUGUCUGCUAAUGCAGGCGGCCUGUUCAACUUUGCACAGAGCUCCAUCCCGCUGCUUCUCGAGUCGGUAGACGGUGCUCCUCACCCGCCGACCUUGAUUGUGACGGGGGCUACGGCUUCGCUCAAGGGCUCGGCGAGAUUCGCAACCUUUGCUGCGGGCAAGUUCGCCAAGCGUGCCAUUGCGCAAUCCCUAGCCAGGGAGUUUGGACCAAAGGGUGUCCAUAUUGCCCAUGUCAUCGUCGACGGCAUAAUCGAUACACCCAGAACAAAGGAGUACAGGGCCAACGACGGAGCGCCAGAUGGAGCCAUCGACCCCAAUGCUAUCGCCGACACUUUUUGGCAUCUUCAUACCCAGCCCCGGUCCGCAUUUACCUUUGAGGCGGACCUGAGACCUUUUGUUGAGAAGUUCUGAUGUGUGUUAGUAGUAAUUAUUAGUCAAAUGACAAAAGAGCGAAGCUGAAGGCCGAUGCUGGUCGAUGACUGCGUGCACAGAGAGAUGGUUGCAUAUAUAUAUGCAAAAAAAGUAGUCGUUAUCGCGUACAAGGCCUGGCGAAGGUCCCAUAAGUGAGCUCGAAUCGAGAUGUCUAUGUGCAUUCUUUCUGAAUACAUGUCGGUCCAGUCUCUAUCACCAGAUGACGGUGAUCUUGGC